AUUUUAUUUACAUACUGGUGUUUUAGCAUACAGGUCGUCUGUCAAUGACACCACAAGACCUGGUUAACAAAAUAUGUGAAUGAAGCAUUCACGUAUAAAGCAUUACUAGCACUUACUUUGUAAAACAACCCAAUGGCAUUGGCUUCAUUGUGUAAGAUAAAUUAUGACAUUAAUACCCUUUACCCGUAGCGUAUUUUAACAACUGUUGUAUUACAGCUAGUUUCCUUCUCGUUGUUGUUUUGAUUAGUUUGAUCUUCGCUAUCUUAUUUCAAAGAUUAAUCUUAAAACUCCUCAUAGACCACAAUAUCACCCACUUUCCCCCCCCCCCUCCGCAGGUAAACAAUGGGAGAACGACUUCAUGUUUGAUGACAAUGCAUAUAAUCCGCUGAAUCAUGGUAUCGGGAACCAAAUGUCCCCGUUGUUUGGCGAAUAUUGUCGCGAUCGAUUCUCAAGGAAGGUAUUCGUUGGGGGGCUUCCCCCAGAUAUCGAUGAAGAGGAAAUCCAAGCGAGUUUCCGUCAGUUUGGCCCUCUAGUGGUGGAUUGGCCGCAUAAAGCCGAGAGCAAAUCUUAUUUCCCCCCUAAAGGUUACGCGUUCCUGUUGUUUCAAGACGAGAUGUCGGUACAAAACCUUAUAAGCUGUUGCAUGAAGGACGGAGACAAACUUUAUCUACGAGUGUCAAGCCCUACUAUUAGAGAGAAACCUGUUCAAAUCCGACCUUGGAAUUUAUCGGACAGUGACUUUGUAUUGGAUGGUUCGCAACCCCUGGAUCCUCGUAAAACGAUCUUCGUUGGGGUGCCACGCCCACUAAGAGCAGUUGAGCUAGCGAUGAUAAUGGAUCGAUUGUACGGGGGUGUCUGCUACGCCGGCAUCGACGUUGACCCCGAGUUAAAAUACCCGAAAGGUGCCGGUCGUGUCGCUUUCUCCAACCAACAAAGUUACAUCGCUGCCAUCAGUGCUCGCUUCGUACAAUUGCAACAUGGAGAUAUUGAUAAAAGGGUUGAAGUGAAACCGUAUGUAUUGGACGACCAACAUUGUGAUGAAUGCCAAGGCGCAAGAUGCGGGGGAAAGUUCGCUCCUUUCUUCUGCGCUAAUGUUACUUGUCUUCAGUAUUACUGCGAGUUAUGCUGGGCGACCAUCCAUGCACGACCGGGACGAGAUUUCCACAAACCUCUCGUCAAAGAGGGAGCGGAUAGAAGUCAGCGAUCUAUUCUUCGUUGGUGAAUGUUGUAUUAUAUGAUCUUUGUGCGGGCCUCUUAGCGUUCUUGGGGUAAUUGCCAUAACUUUAUUUUUUUUAGCGUUUUAGUUUUAGUGGGGUGCAAAAAGCUGCUGAAAUUUCGUGCAUUAUUGUAAAAAUCAUCAAGACUUUAUUAUCCGGCAAUUCUUAACAAUUCUUGCCAAUUUUUCAUUCUAUCGUCGUGCUCAUUUUACAAAUCCAUCACAAAUUUAAUUCUUCAAAUUUUUACCGAAACAGAAUCUUCCAGAAAUCAAGAAGUUUCAUAUUUUGUAAACUUUUUUAUUUUAUAAAAUUAACACACGGGAAUCUUUCAUAUGUCGUGACAAUUUUGAAAAAUGCCUUUUUUUCGCUCGAUGUAAAUAGGAGGUUGCUAACUGUGUGAUAUUGUUAGUUCCAUUUUGUACUUAUUUAAGAGAAGGAGUUUUAUUUUUGGCGACAAACAUUUUUUGCGGCUGUGCAAUCUGCAGCUCACUGUGUUAACAGAAAAAAAAAUUUGGAAAAAGGGAAAAUUUUAUUAUUUUUCAUGCAUUUAUUAUUUAAUUAUUUUUAUACAGUUUGUUAAUGGUUGGUUUUUCUAUCUUUUUGUAACGGAAUGUUUUCGUAUAUCCACUUAUUUGUAUCUAGAUAAACCUUUGCUCAUACUUUUGAUAUUUCAUUAUUUAAGUAACUUUUUUAUUUUAUUUAAUAGUACCCACUUCUUUAUAAUUUUCUCUAAAACUUUUUGAAAUAUUGGCUCGCUGGCCCCACCAAGUGAAGCCAUAACUGCAAUGGUCCCCCCUUUGCACACCACUAGUACAAACCAUGUUAUGCAUAAUUUUUUACACUUUCUAUCUCAUAAAGUCGGUUAAAUCUACAUUUUUAAAAGAAAACACUUUUUUUACGCCCAAGCGUGGGCUGUGCAAUGCGGGCUUGUGUAACUAAUCUGUUCCACAACUUUCAUAAAUUGUUGUAACGUUUAUUUUUUUUACUUUCUUAAUAUCACCAUGACAUUUUAUUUUCAUUCAAAAAUUCAGACAAAAUUUAAAAAUCAUGGUAUAUUCACUAUGCAUAUACCCACUAACAAAAAAAACUAAAAAAAAAUUGUUUAAAUUUUUGAUUAAUAUUUGCAUGUUGUUUGAGUGUCGUGCAAUAAUGUUCUGUUAUUUAUGAGACUAUCCCUUUGUAUAUGCCUCCUAUCUUUGUGUUACAUUAAUCAGAUAAAUUAGUUUUUGAGUGCUGGGUUUUGGUUUAGAGGGAUGUUAUGUUUCAUGUAUGUACUCCACCAUGUAUUCAGCCAUGCAUGUUUAUUAUAUAACCCAAAUGUAAGCGCUUAUGUAAUGCUGCUUUAACAACUUUUGAAUCUUUGGCCAAAAUAACUUGAUUGUAUCUUUAACAUUGGGUUUGUUGCAAAAUACAUCACGUAAUAUCGGAA